AUGUACUCUCCAAAUGGCACUUCAAAUUUCCACGCUCAGGCGGAGGAGUUGCGGGGCUUGGGCUUGGACCAGGACCGCAGGAGUUGCGGAGCUCCUGGCCGGGACUGCUGCUUUGAGGGGCUCGGGGCGGGUCUCCUGGCCGGGACCGCUGGUUUGCGGGGCUCGGGGCGGGACUCCUGGCCGGGUUUGCGGGGCUCGGGGCGGGACCGCGGGUUUGCCGAGCUCGGGCCGGGACCGCAGGAGUUGCGGGGCUCCUGGCUGGGACUGCUGGUUUGCGGGACUCGGGCCAGGGCUCGGGCUGGGACCGCAGGAGUUGCGGAGCUCCUGGCCGGGACUGCUGGAGUUGCGGGGCUCCUGGCUGGGACUGCUGGUUUGCGGGGCUCGGGCCAGGGCUCCUGGCCGGGACCGCAGGAGUUGCGGGGCUCCUGGCCAGGACCGCAGGAGUUGCCGGGCUCGGGCCGGGACCGCAGGAGUUGUGGGGCUCCGAGCCGGGACCGCUGGAGUUGCGGGGCUUGGGCUCGGGCCGGGACCGCAGGAGUUGCGGGGCUCGUGGCCGGGGCUCCGGGCCGGGACCGCAGGAGUUGCGGGGCUCCGGGCCGGGACCGCAGGAGUUGCGGGGCUCCGGGCCGGGACCGCAGGAUUGCGGGGCUCGGGGCGGGGCUCCUGGCCGGGACCGCAGGAGUUGCGGGGCUUGGGCCGGGACCGCAGGAGUUGCGGGGCUCCUGGCCGGGACCGCGGGUUUGCGGGGCUCGGGGCGGGGCUCCUGGCCGGGACCGCGGGUUUGCGGGGCUCGGGGCGGGGCUCCUGGCCGGGACCGCGGGAGUUGCGGGGCUCGGGCCGGGACCGCAGGAGUUGCAGGGCUCCUGGCCGGGACCGCGGGAGUUGCGGGGCUCGGGGCAGGGCUCCUGGCCGGGAGUGCUGGAGUUGCAGGGCUCCUGGCCGGGACCGCGGGAGUUGCGGGGCUCGGGGCAGGGCUCCUGGCCGGGAGUGCUGGAGUUGCGGGGCUCCUGGCUGGGACCGCUGGAGUUGCAGGGCUCCUGGCCGGGACCGCGGGAGUUGCGGGGCUCGGGGCAGGGCUCCUGGCCGGGAGUGCUGGAGUGGCGGGGCUCCUGGCCGGGACCGCUGGUUUGCGGGGCUCCUGGCUGGGACUUCUGGUUUGCGGGGCUCGGGCCAGGGAUCCUGGCCGGGACCGCAGGAGUUACGGGGCUCGGGCCGGGACCGCAGGAGUUGCGGGGCUCCUGGCCGUGACCGCUGGUUUGCG